CUACAGUCAGUCAGUUAAGCCGCGCCCACGGUUGCGACCAGACGCCGUUCGAUGCGGCAACAAGAAAACACAUUCGUACAGAAACGCGGGUCUUGACGAUUAAUUUGUACAAAUUUUUUUCUUUUUCUUCAAGACAAAAUAAAUGAAGUAUAUCAGGAAAAUGGGCCGUGCGACAAUUGGUUUCUCAUUCCAUAUAAUUAUUUAGCGGAUAAAUUUUUUCUUUCUACCUAGAUAUAAAAGAUUGCCUGUAUACAGUUGAAGUGAUAACAGUCCGAACUUUCGACUCUGAUCCCUAGAGAAAGUCAGCUGCAGCGAGUUUCAUGUAUAAACGUGUAAACGCGUCUUCGUUGCCAGGAAUGAAUACAACACGCUUAUUUCUCCCGUAUCUAAUAAGAGGAUACUUUACGGAAUGUAAUCCGUUUGUGAACGCUAUAAAAUUGUGAUAGUGAUUAAUUCGCUUAAUCGUUUAGAUUGACAUUACACGCAUGUGUACGAUAUUAUACACAACCGUAUAUCUUUGAAUAAGUUUUUUUUUUUCUUUGUUUCCCUCACUGAUUACUCGGUGGUUGUAAUAAAUGCUUACGAAGGUCUUCGAACCGCGCGAUGUAAAUAUUGAAAUCACGUGUGAAGUCGUAUGUGUCCACUGCGUAUGCCCGUAUAUCUAUACGUACGUACCACUUGAGGAUUAUAUGCUGCACGUGUGCGGAAUACGCGGUGGUUAAAAAUACCGGAAACAACGCUUGUCAGAAGUUGACAAAAGGCGGGUGGAAUUUUGACCCUCGACUCAACCAUCGAAACGAAGAAUUCCGAGCCAGUCAACAUGAACCCAACAUCGCCUAAAAUCAGUAGGACCAUAGACCUAGGAUUCACUGACAUCACGUAUACCGUCAGAACCGGUAUUCUUUCCAGAGGAAGGCGACAGCUAUUGAAAACUGUCUCCGGGAAUUUUAGAGCCGGGGAGUUGACCGCCAUCUUGGGACCCUCGGGAGCCGGCAAGACCACCCUUAUGAACAUCUUGGCGGGUUUCACCACGAAAACGUACGAGGGACAGGUGACCGUGAACGGCCUUCCCAGGAACUUGGUCGAUUUUCGUCGAUGUUCGGCUUACAUCAUGCAGGACGACAACAUGCAACCUUUGCUAACGUGCGGAGAGGCUAUGCGUAUCGCUGCGGAGCUUAAGCUCAGUCUCAACUCACAGGAAAAAUUCAAGAGGGUGGAACAGAUCCUCGUUGCCCUUGGUCUCAGCGAAUCGAGGGAUACUUUAACCGCAGAACUUAGUGGGGGUCAAAGAAAAAGGCUUGCGAUCGGUUUAGAGCUGAUCAAUAAUCCUCCGGUGAUGUUUUUCGACGAACCAACCAGCGGACUGGACAGCGUCGGUUCUAAACAGUGUCUUGGAAUUUUGAAAGCGCUGGCGAGAGAAGGUCGGACGGUAAUAUGCAGCAUUCACCAGCCGAGUGCACUUUUGUUCGACAUGAUCGAUCAUCUGUACGUAGUAGCCGACGGGUACUGUAUUUACACGGGAGGAACCGGCAACUUGGUUCCUUACCUGGCAGCCUCCGGUCUAUGCUGCCCCGAAUACCAUAAUCCAGCUGAUUUCGUCGUGGAAGUCACGGUCGGAGAUUACGGAGAUUUCAAUGAUUCGCUUACCAGGGAAAUUGAGAAUGGAAAGAACGAAAGUUGGCGAUCACUAGCGACGGGAGGAACGUCAAAAGUCGUAGAAAUGAUCGCUUCGGAUAUUACAACGUCGCCUUGGGUGCUACAAAAUUCAUCGGCUCGUGCUACCGUUGGCUCCGACGGGAAAGAAACGAAAUGUAAACCAAGCGAAUAUGGCACAGGUGCUUGGAAACAGCUCUGCGUACUUCUCAAGAGGAACGUCGUAAGGCUUUCCAGGGACAAGGUUCUCAUGUUCACGAGAAUGAUAAUGCAUCUUGUCAUCGCAAUGCUAGUAGGGACGCUCUACUAUCAAAUCGGUCAGGACGCAGCUUACGCGCUCGACAACUACAGUUUGCUAUUCUUCAAUUUGAUGUUCGUCAUGUUCAGCGCAUUUAGUGCCGCGGUCAUCACGUUUCCCUCGGAGGUUGAGAUCGUAAUAAGAGAGCACUUCAAUCGAUGGUACAAGCUCCGUACCUUUUACCUGGCGAAUAGGCUGGCUGAUUUUCCUGUCCAGAUAGCCGCCGUCUUCACGUUCACCCUGGUAGUAUUUUUCAUGAGUGGUCAACUGCCCGAAAUCCGAAGAUUACUCAUGUACAUACUGACGUGCACCGUCGUUAGUCUCGUCGCUCAGACAGCCGGUCUCAUUGUCGGCAUAGCUAUGGACAUACAACAUGGCGUCAUUUUUGGCCCCUUCAUUAUCCUGCCGUUUAUGAUAUUCAGCGGAUUCUUCGUUCAUCUAACCGAUGCUCAUCCUUGGUUGCAUUGGUUGUUUCACCUUUCUUUUCUCAAAUACGGAUUCGAAGGUCUCAUGGUCGCCGUUUACGGGGAUCGAUCGAAAAUGGACUGUUCGCAGGAUUAUUGCCACUACAGGUAUCCCAAGCAAUUGUUGAAGACGGUUGAUAUGACCAAUGCCGAAUACUGGUUCAGUAUUUCACUUCUGAUCGGACUCUAUCUCACUCUGGAGAUUACAGCCUACGUCGCUCUCAGAAUAAGAUUGAAACAUCGCUAGCGAUUAUUCUAUGACAGACAGUUCAAAUCAUCUAGAGGAUGAAAAUUUAUCGUUCUAAUAUGAAACUCCGCGAUACGAUCAGUAAUAAAUUUAGCACUGAUUAAAUUAUUCAACAAAUAAGUUGCGAACGUUUGGCUCGCAUUAAGACCAUCUGGAGUCGUUAUCAAGUUUUUUUUUUUUUAUUUUCAUAACGCCAACUACCGAUCUCUGUAUGAUAUUCUCGAAUCAAAAGGGUCGUACAGAGAUGUCUAGAAAUAGAUCCGCCACUUAUCGCGAAGAAGCCAACUUUUGAUCGGAUCCUAAAAGUAACAUUCAGUGAAUUUUGAGCGAGCUGUAGAGAUUAAAUUAAUUUAAGUAAUGAAAAAUAUUCUUCUGUUACCUAAACCAGUUGUACCGACUUUUGUAUUCGGUGAAAAUCUUGCCGGAUUAUAAUAACGUUAACAAAGAAAAAUUUAUAUACGUAGCGUUUGUUUGAGGCAAAUUUAAUUAUUAUCCGUAGAUAAACAUUCGGUGGACUGAAAGGAUGUACAGGUAAAAUAUGUAGAUACACAACUGCGCGUCGUAGUUUCACCAGAUUAUUGUAUCAUUCAUUUUUUUCCCAACUCCAGAAUCAGUGCUCUGAGAAUGUAUGUAGAACAUAUUUCUAUCGAUAUACGUACGCAUGUUACUCAUUAUUAUUUUGUCUUUUCUUUUUUACUCGGAAUACAUAUUCAUAUAUAGAUAUAACUAUACAUUAUCGCUACCAUUGUACACCUGUAAAACACCGAAAAAUCGUCAGGUCAGCAACAUCUAGUCAUUUCUUUCACCGGAAAAACUAAAUAAGCAAGGCUUACGGUUUUGGCUGAAUAAAUUUUGACGUUGAACGGGACAAUAUUUCAUGACGAGUUUUCAAUAAUGAAAGAUUAGAUAGAAAGUUUUUUUGCUCAAAUUAGAGAUAAAUAUGGGUUAUACAAUAUCUGUCUACAUAUUGAUCUAGCGUUGAAAGCUCUACUAUACACUAAUAAUAGGAUUACUCCAUGCCCGCGUUUAUCGUCGACAUUAUUAUAUAUGAUAAAUAUUGAGAGGGAGAUGAUGCAUUAUUUCGUUAGUAUAAUUUGUUCUUCUAUCACUUAUUAUGGAUUGUAAAUAUAGGUUUGAAUAUAAUUAAGGAUUUGCGUGUACGUAACUGGCCUGUCAACGAUCAAAAAAUUGCAGCUGGUAGUUCGCUGAGUUCGAACAAAUUUAAUAAGGCGCUAAAUGACGCCAUCUGAUUUUGUACAAAUCAAUUUCAUAGAAAUAUCCAUGAGAUUAUUCAAGGGACCACAUAGGCAAUGCUAGAUUUAUACAUAAGUACUUCUGUUAAAAAUAUAAUUACAUUGUUACCACAUAUGAAAUAUACUUUUUCAUUUCCUUUAACCGUCUGUCUGAUCAUAAUAGUACGCAAGAGAGUCUCAGAUUAAUAAAAUCAGCACAUUCUUUAUUUUGUGCCCAGAAAAUAUUCCAAGUUUUUCGAGUUUUAUAGCGUUAGUGUUUGAUUGAAAUUUUCAUCAUGUCAGUAGAAAAAAUGAGCAAAGUAUUAUCGCCGUAUUGCGGAGAAAAAGUGUUACUCAUUGUAGUAAGAAAUGCUGAAUGACAGAAUAUACAGAGUUUGUAAAUAAAGUACAACGCAAUGUAAUGAAAGAAAAAAAAAAGUGUGAAUCUAUAUCAAAUAUGUUGAGGGCAUGAAGCCAUUUCCAAUUUUUAUAUCAUUGCAUUAUAUCGCAUCCAAUGUAACUGUACGAAUAUAAGAUAGGUGCGGGUCCGCCCUAUUGACCUAAUUUAAAUAAGAAUUUAUAAUAGUAUGUUAAAAUCGUCGUCAAGUAUGAGGGAAGUGAAGAAUCAUCUAGUUCGCAACGAGGAACAGAACUGCGCAUUAUAUUUUAGAAAACUAUGUAAAGUGCUUGAAAAUACAACAGUGUCUUUUCUUGGGUUGGUAUCAUUCUAUGAAAAUGUAAAAAUAUGUAACAUUGUUUGCUCAAUCCCAACAGUUUAACUCAACAUACUGAUUUCGAAGUUUUGUAAGAGAUUUGAUUUAUGAAAGACACAGCACUGCCAAAUACACCGUAAUAAUUAAUAAAUGAUAUAUUUUACUAUGAA